AUGCGACAGUCACCUGACCUAAACGCUUCACUCCGCCCCUGCUUUAACGCCACCUGUCGCUCUCCCAGUGAAGCAGCGUGUCCAUACAGCACGGCCGAGGUCGUCCUAAUCGUCAUGGCAACCACAUCCCUUAGUCUUGUCACUGUCCUGGGCAACACUCUGGUAAUCCUGUCAAUCAAAGUGAACCGGCGCCUGCGGACCGUCAACAACUACUUCCUGUUGAGCCUGGCGGUGGCCGACCUGCUCAUCGGCCUGGUGUCCAUGAACCUGUACGCGCUCCACAUGGUGCGGGGCUACUGGCCGCUGGGCGCUGUGGUCUGUGACACGUGGCUGGUGUUGGACUACGCGGUGAGCAGUGCGUCAGUCAUGAACCUGCUCAUUAUCAGCUUGGAUCGGUACUUCUGCAUGACGCGGCCCCUCAGCUACCCAGCGCGGCGGACGGGAAGGAUGGCUGGGCUGAUGAUCGCCGCCGCCUGGCUUCUGUCUUUCAUCCUCUGGACCCCCGCCAUCCUGUGCUGGCAGAGGGUCAAAGGCAAACGCGCCGUCCCUGAUGAUGACUGUUACAUCCUGCUUCUUGGAAGUCCUGCCGUCACCAUCGGGACCACAGUGCCCUCCUUCUACCUCCCAGCGCUCAUCAUGAUUGGCCUGUACAGCAGCGUGUCCGCCGCCAGCCGCAGCCGACUGAGUACCCUCCGCUCUGACCGAGACACGCUCAGGACGUCCAGCCCAUCUGUAAAAGACUUCCUGCUGAAGCGAAGGAGCUGGGUGACCGCUGACCCCGAGACCAGGACGGGCUCAGAACUGUCUCAGAACCAAUCAGAGUCCAGCACUGCAAAGAGCAGAAGGAACCGGAAGUCUCCCAGAAGCCCCUCUGACUCCUCGUCCAACACGGACGUCCACAGGAGAGCCUCGGCGAUGCUCUCCGCCUUCCCUAGCUUCAAGUCUCAAGAGCGAAGGAAGCGUCGAGUGAUAGCGAGAGAGAGGAAGGUCACCAAGACCAUCCUGGCCAUCCUCCUGGCCUUCAUCCUCACCUGGACACCCUACAACAUCAUGGCCGUCAUCGCCCCCUUCUGUCACUUCUGUAUCCCCAAAGUCCUGUGGAGAGUGGGCUGUUGGCUCUGUUACAUCAACAGCGCCGUCAACCCCUGCUGCUACGCUCUGUGCAACGUGGCCUUCAGGAAAACCUUCUGCAGCCUGCUGCGCUGCCACGGCAGGAGGCUGUGACGACACCAAUCUAACCCUAAACACUGAACCCAA